GCUUCCUCCAUGCGGCUUUGUGGGUGAGUGCCGGGAGCAGUAACGCAGUCUGUCGCUGACUGGCGUUUUCAGGCCGGCAUCAUGCUGCUAGAAGCGCGGCCAGAGCUCAGCACAGCCGUCGUCAGGCCGCUCAGUGCAGCCUCGUUGCUGUGCCAGGUUGAGCCAGUGGGACGAUGGUUUGAAGCGUUCAUUAAACGCAGGAAUAGAAGCGUGUCCGCCUCCUUUCAGGAGCUGGAGGAUGAGAAGGAGACGUCUGAAGAGUCUGAGGAUGAAGAGUUUCAGCUCGAAGAAUUUGCACUUUUAAAAACCCUUGAUCCUAAAGACUGGAAGAACCAGGAUCACUAUGCAGUGCUUGGAUUGAAGAAACUGAGGUACAAGGCUACGCAGAAACAGAUUAAAGCAGCUCAUAAAGCAAUGGUUCUGAAACACCACCCUGACAAGAGAAAAGCAGCAGGAGAGCAAAUUGUUGAAGGCGAUAAUGACUACUUCACGUGUAUUACUAAAGCUAAUGAAAUCUUAUCUGAUCCUGUUAAGAGACGAGCCUUCAACAGCAUUGAUCCCACCUUUGAUAAUUCUGUCCCUUCAAAAAGUGAGGGGAAAGACAACUUCUUUGAAGUAUUUUCUUCUGUGUUUGAGAGAAAUAGUAGGUGGUCAAAUCAGAAAAACGUUCCAAAACUUGGCAACAUGAACACCUCAAUUGAAGACGUAGAUGCGUUUUAUUCUUUUUGGUACAAUUUUGAUUCCUGGAGAGAAUUUUCUUACUUGGAUGAAGAAGAAAAAGAAAAGGCAGAAUGCCGUGAUGAGAGGCGGUGGAUUGAAAAACAGAACCGAGCGGCCCGAGCACAAAGGAAAAAGGAAGAAAUGAAUAGGAUUAGAACAUUAGUUGAUAAUGCAUAUAGCAGUGACCCCAGAAUUAAGAAGUUCAAAGAGGAAGAGAAAGCUAGGAAAGAAGCAGAAAAGAAAGCCAAGGCUGAUGCAAGGAGAAAAGAACAGGAAGAUAAAGAAAAGAUAAGGCAAGCAGAACUGGAUGCUGCUCGAAUAGCAAAGGAGAAGGAAGAAGAGGAGGCUCGUCAGCAAGCUCUGCUUCUGAAAAAAGAAAAGGAGAUACAGAAGAAAGCCAUAAAGAAAGAACGCCAGCGGCUUCGCACUACAUGCAAGAAUUGGAAUUACUUCUCUGAAAAUGAAGCAGACGGUGUGAAAAUGAUGGAAGAAAUAGAAAAGUUGUGUGAUCGACUUGAACUAACUAGUUUACAGUCUCUGAAUGAGGCCCUUUCUGGAAGCUCGAAAGAAGAAAGUAAAUGUGCUGUUGAGAAGCAGAUUGCAGAAGUAAAUGCACAGAUCAAGAAAGAAAAGGAGCAGGAGGAGGCUCGCAUGAGGCAGUCCACAAAAGCUGCAGAGCAGUCCUCUUCUGGAGGAGGGGGUAGCAGCAAGUCUUGGUCUGAAGAUGACUUGCAACUACUAAUAAAAGCUGUGAAUUUAUUUCCUGCUGGAACUAAUGCCAGGUGGGACGUCAUUGCCAAUUACAUGAACUUGCACUCUGUUUCUGGAAUAAAAAGAACUGCAAAAGAUGUAAUAAAUAAAGCCAAAUCCCUUCAGAAGCUAGAUCCUCAGCAAAAGGACGACAUUAACAAGAAAGCUUUUGAUAAAUUCAAGAAAGAGCAUAAAGUUGUAGCUCAGGCUGUGGAUAAUGCUGUGCCUUCUGAGCGGUUUGAAGCUCCUGGUGCGGACUCCUGCACACCAUGGACCACUGAAGAACAAAAACUUCUAGAGCAAGCCUUGAAAACGUAUCCUGUGAAUACUCCUGAAAGGUGGGAGAAGAUUGCAGAUGCUGUCCCUGGCAGGUCCAAGAAGGACUGCAUGAAGCGAUAUAAGGAGCUUGUAGAAAUGGUAAAGGCCAAGAAAGCUGCUCAAGAACAAGUACUUAAUGCAACAAAGGCAAAGAAAUGAACCUGUCAAUCUGUUUGUGUGUCAUGUUUUAUAAUAAAAUAAGCAAAUGCUGCACAA